UGCGAUUCAUUAAAACCGUAUUUGUAUUUUUAAACACGACACAUUGAUAUUAACCAGAUUUACAGAAAGCAGGAUAUCAAGUCUCAGAUUUAUCUCUGAGGUCAAAAAAAAAAAAACCCAGAGAGGAACCACUUCACACCUGGGUGAACCCUGUAUAGCAUGUAAUUAUUCAUUAUUAACCCGAACCUGAAUUUGUGCAUUAAUGUUUUAACUUGUCCUACUCAAGUUAUUAGUCACUCUUUAUGUUGUCUGUAGUUUAAGAUGAUCAUGCAGAGACUUUGGGAAAAGUAGUUAUAACAGCAUACAUACAAAAGGGAAAGACAUUGUGAUCUGCACGUGUAUAUGACUGUCCGGUCCUUCUGAUUUUAUAGUUUUAUCACGUGAAAAUGGAACUUUAUUGAUAUUUUAAGAAGAAGACCUCCUCUUGAUUGAAUGUCGUAAAUAUUGACAAUAAUAAUUGAAGAGGAAUUAAAAAGACAUGAUCAACAGUGUGAGCAGUUUUAUAUUUAAGGACCAUGGUCAGCUCCUCCCCUCCCAUCUCUCUCUCUCUUACACACACACACACACACACACACACACUCAGAUUGAUCAAUAAUGACGUUAAGAGAUGCUCAUCCUCGGCACAAACUUUCUACAGAAUGAACAAAUAGACGUUUAAAUGUUUUUUUGUUAUUUUUCUGGGAAGUUCUUUACCCGUGUUGGUUUCUCUGAGAUCCUCCUGUGCUUAAGAUCCACCUGGCCAUCAGACUGGUCAGCUAUAUCCCUCCAGCUCGAGCUGCUCGUCUAAUUUACAGGCAGUUUAUGCAUUUGCACUGACGUCAGUGAAGCUUUCUUGGAUGUAUAUAACCAUUGCGCAGAAACCGCAGCGUUUCCAAAAGCCACUGUGAAGGAUCCGACUUUCGUUCUUUCUCUCUUUUUUUCCCGACUGCGACUUUUUCUGUAAGAACUUUUGAAGGAGAAAUACAAUUAAGGUGUGUCUGCUCUGUCCAGCAUGAAGCCUGUCUCCUCUGUCUUGCUGAUAGCGGCUGUCCUCUUCUUCACUCACAUUCCUCCGAGUUUAUGUAGACCUCGGGAUGUACACCUGCUGGAUCGCCGUGAUGACUUUAAUAGCCGGCUUGAGGCGUUCCUCAGGUCGGGAGAGGGCGAGGCCGUGUCCUUCCUCGGUGGCGGAGACAGUCGAGGACGUGCAACACUCCCCGUCCCGAACAGUCUGGAGGAACUGAUGGGUCUCACCAAGAGGAACGACGAUCCGCCCAUAUCGAUCGAUCUGACCUUUCAUCUGCUGCGCAAUAUGAUCGAAAUGGCGCGGAACGAGAAUCAGAGGGAACAGGCAGAACUGAACCGCAAAUACCUGGACGAAAUCGGGAAGUAAAAAAAAAGAGAUAAAAAAUCAUCCCGACUCAAUUUUCAGACCUCAGUUUGCUUUCUUGAUUUUUUUAAUUUUUUAUUUUGCUAAAGCAUUAUUACUGCUUUACUGGGAAACAAUCAUGACUUCUGCCCUCAGUGCUACAUGGUUAAACCAAAUGCCCACUGAGUGGAGACCCGACAGGAGGAGAACUGAACUCCAUCCUACAGGAAUCGAGGUGUGUGUGUUUCUCUAGUGCACGUGGGCUGCAUAGGCAACAACCACCAGUGUACACGGAGUCAAUAAAUUUCACUUCUUAAGCUCUUUACCUGUGCUUUAUUUGUAGCUUCUGCACACCUUCUUCCU